AUGAGCCUCCGCCGCCAUCUUAACAGCAGGCGGACGGACCCUAGUCACUCCCCCUCACCCCCAAGCUACCUCCGCCACCACCAACGAAUCCCACGAGGACAUAAACCCACUCCCGCGAGAACUCACCGGCUAAGAACAGCACGAGCUGGAGACGUUGCUGCCGUCUCCGCAGCUACUGCAGUCAGAUGGCAGUGCGAUUGUCAGAGAUUCUGUGAGGAUCUGCAUCUGUCAAUGCUUAGGAUUAAAAAGGAUCUGGCAGGAGAGUCCCCAUUAACGGUGCUGCUCCUGGGGUGCCGAUUGAGAUUCGAAGUUUUUGGCUGGGGCAGGGGGGAAAAAAAAAAAAAAACCCUUACAGGGAAGACUAUCACUCUCAAGGUAGAACCCCUGGAUACAACAGAAAAUGUAAAGGCCAAGAUCCAGGAUAAGGAAAGAAUUCCUUCUUAUCAGAAAAGCCUCAUUUUUUCUGGCAAGCAACUGGAAGAUGGACGUACUUACUACGACAUUCAAAAGGAGUCCACUCCCUUUGUGUUAAGACUUUGUGGCAGUGCUAAGAAAAGGUCUUAUACCACUCCCAAGAAGAAUAAGCAUAGGAGAAAGAAGGUUAAGCUGGCUGUCUUGAAAUACUGUAAGGUGAAUGAGAACAGCAAAAUUAGUCGCCUUCAUCAAGAGUGUCCUUCAGAUGAGUGUGGUGCUGGAGUUCUUAUGGCCAGCCACGUUGAUAGACAUUAUUGUGGCAAACAUUGUCUAACUUACUGCUUCAAUAAACUAGAAGACAAGUAA